AUGUUAUUUUCAAAACUUGUAUCAGCAACUACUGUUGCUUCCAUGGCUUCAUUGACCAAAGCCUCACUUAUUGGUGGUCAAUUUGAAGAAAGUUUUGACUUUUCAAUAAAUUUACCAAAUCUUUUAGCUGAUGGUGAAUGUUCUCCAAGUGAAAUUGAAAUUUUUGGUAUUCAACAAGACUUAAAUAUUUCUUUUGGUCUUUUAAAGAGAGAUUUGGAACAAGCCCCAAAAACUGAAUUAGUCAAAAGAGCUGAUUUAGUUCCAAAAGCUGAUUUCUCCGUUUCAAAUGUUGAAAAAUUAGCUAAUGAUUUAUUUAAAGUUACUGUUAACUUUGAAACCGUUAUCGCUGCCGAUUUAUUAGGCUUAUUCGGUGUUAAUGCUGGUACUGCUGUUAUCGGUGGUUUAGGUGUAGGUGCAAACGAUGUUCAAUUAAUUGCUGGUGCCGAAUCCGAAGGUAACAUUGGUAACUUAUUCCAAUGGUCUGCUGGUAUUCUUGUUAAUGCUACUGUUCACGGAGACUUAUUCUGUUUACCAGAAGGUUUCUAUAUUGAUAUCAAUAUUGAUGCAGAUGCUGGUAUCGAUAUCCCAUUAUUAGAUGACAUCAAAAAUCUUUUCCCAAGUAACUUCUUAUAUAACUUAGAACAAGAUUUAGCAAAUACUGCUUCAUCAAUCUUAAAGAGAGAAGAAAUUGAAUUCAAACAACAAAUGAGAAGAGAUUUGAUCGACCUCUCUGCUGAAGGUGGUUUAAGUAUUGAUUUAUUAGGUUUAGCUAACCUUGAUAUCAGUGGUUCCCUCGACUUAUCCGUUUUAGGUACCGAUAGUAAUAUCUUACCAAAUUUCUGUUGGUCUGAUUGUGCUUCAUCAUCAUCUGAAACUUCAACUGAAUCUACCGCUUCAUCAUCAGAAGCUGCUUCCUCAUCAGAUGCCUCAUCAGAUUCUUCAUCCGCUGCUGCUUCAUCAGAAGCCGCUUCAUCAACUGACGGUUCAUCCUCUGCUACUGAUGCUUCUUCAGAAUCUUCAUCAGCUCCAACCUCAUCUGAUGAUUCUGGUGUCGAUCUUGGUGACAAUGGUGGUGCUACUGAUGGUGCUUCAAGUACCGAUGAUUCCUCAAACACUGAUGAAUCAUCAACCACCGCCUGUCCAGAAUGUACCGAAUACACCACUACCUUCACUACCACUGAUGCUGAUGGAAACCCAGAAACUGAAACCGGUGU